AUGGCCACCAUGGAGGAAGAGGACCUGUCGGAGUAUUUCCGCAUGCAGUAUGGGCAGAAGCUCCUGAAGCUGCUGAUGAAAUUCCCAGCGACGGAGGAGCAAUCCCCAUCACCAUCCAUUCGGCUGCUGGAGAAGAAGAAAGAGGCCACGCUGGUGCACAGGGCUAUGGAGGCUCAGAAGGAGGCUUUCCGGACGAGGAUGGAAGCCCUGAAUAACCGAUGGGAGGAGCUCAGGGCCAAGGAGAUUCAGCUGAAGGCUUAUAUAAAGAAAUUUGAGCAGUUCAUACAGGAAAAUGACCUGAAGCGAAUCAGGGCCCUGAAGAAAGCCAACAAGGAGAAAGAGCUGAAGAAACAGAGGGUGAAGGAGCUGGCCAAGGCCAAGCUGGACAUGGAGGUCCUAAAACAGGAGCACCAGCAGCUCUCCAACAAGCUGCAGCAGUAUUCCAUCUUCAACAAGUACCUGGAGACGGUGGUCGAGGUGUCGGAGUUUGAGGAGAUACGGGAAGUCAUUGGCCGGUACAAGACGCUGGUGGGCAUGCACCAGGACCUCAUGCAGUCGGCGCAGGAGGGGCUGGAGAUGAUCGAGCAGGCGAAGAUGCGCCUGUCGCACUACACGGAGGAGAAGGACGACGAGAUCCUGCAGCACAACAACCAGCUGGCGCGCCUGCAGAUGCGCUUUGACCACGCCCGCAGUGAUGUCAUCGUCUGGGAGUCUCGCUGGGCCCACAUUCAGAACACAGCCGCCAAGAAAACCCUCAUGCUGGGCACCAUCAAGAUGGCCACCCUGAACCUCUUCCAGAGUGUGAGCAAGCAACUGAAGGAGACCUUGAGCGUGCCCGUGGAGGACACCCACAAGCAGCUGGACAUGAUCCAGCAGUUCAUCCAGGACCUCUCCGAUAUCUGGGCAGAGGUGAGAAAGAAGGACAUCCAAAGCCGAUCAAUGAUAGUUGUGGUCAAGGACGUGUAA